AUGCUUACUCGUGGAUCAUCCUCUUUCGCUCAGCACUCAACCCGUAAGAGAGGUCGCGCCUACAGCAUCGCCGCGGUCGGUCUCGAGUUCGGAUCAAAUGUGGCCGAGGCAUCAGAUAUACUUGCUCCUCUCAAAGCGGCUUGUCGAGCGACCAAAACUAUCUUGGAUGUCAUACAGGCGAUUGACGAUAAUAAAGAGAAAUGGACAGAACUUGUACAGCGUCUAGAGGAACAUAAAGCCCACAUCAAGGAUCAAAUUGACCAGUUUGAAAAAUAUCCUCCCGCUGCAAGAGUUCUCGAUAAGUCGCUGAGCCAAUCACUGAAUCACUACAAGGAAAUCCUUGAAGAUUUCAAGAACAAGAUCGAGCAUCAUAGGCACAAACGAAACCGCAAGUCUGGUAUUUUUAGUGGAAUCACGAGAUCAAAGCUGGAUGCGGACGCCAUUCUUCAAUUUUAUCGUGAUAUUGAAGAUCGACAUAAGCGAUUCAUGGAGGCAUUGACUGUGUUCACCGCACGCCAUGUUAGCGCCAUUCUCGAAAAAGUCGACGCAUCUACCAUUCUUCAGCUGCCAAUGGUGGCAUUUGUGGCAUCCUCAGUUCACACUAAAUGCCUGGAGGGCACACGUCAGGCCGUCCUUCGGAUGAUUCACGAUUGGGCCGAGGAUAUGGGAGGGAAACCGAUAUUCUGGCUAUGUGACAUAGCCGGCUCCGGUAAAUCCACCGUCGCCAUGUCGGUAGUCGCAUCGUGGGCGACAGAGGGAACGCUAGGAGGGCAAUUCUUCUUCUCAAUGACUUGCAACGAUGCGACUACUACUGAAAAGUUCUGCUCAACAAUAGCGAGGGAGCUUGCACAGCAUAUGCCCGAACUCAGACCAUACAUCGCUGAUGCCUUGAAACAAAAGUCGGCAAUCUUGCGGAGCUCCUUCGGCGAUCAGUUCCGUGCGCUCAUCACCAACCCACUUCGACAUCGAGAUGAACGUGUAAUCCUGGUCAUCGAUGCCAUUGACGAAUGCAGCUCCGGAGCGCACACGAAAGAACUUCUUGAUACACUCGCCAAGGCCGUGCAAGAGAGCAAGAAUCUCAAAAUAUUCAUCACGAGUCGACCAGACCCCGUCAUUGAGGGCGUUUUGGGCCCACUCUCCAUCAAACAAACACUCGAAGAUCGCCUUCAUGAUGUCAAGCACUCUGAUAACAUCAGAGAUAUUGCGACUUAUGUAAAUAAAUCGCUGCACGGAGUUCUGUCUCAAGACCAGAGACAGAAAUUGGUCGACAAGGCCAAUGGUCUCUUCAUUUGGGCUAGCACUGCAUGCCAAAUGCUGCGUGACAAGUCCUCAUUUGACACUCCUCAAGUCAUAUACCAGCGUCUGAUCUCGGCAGACCAUGCUGGAGAUAUAGACGAUGUAUACAACCUUGUCUUCGAGCGUGUACACCCGAGAAACCACGCUAAAAUGUGGAAAAUGCUCGCUAUACUACUUGCGGCGUACGAGCCACUCAGAACGGAUGAGCUGGAUGAGCUCUUUGGAGUUCACGGGAGCAGCGCCAAGAUGCUGGUACGGAACAUAGCAAGUAUUUUGGUCGAAGAUACAGCCACAAAGACGAUACAGUUUCGGCAUCCCACCAUGGUCGAGUACCUCCAGCGCUGCUCCACUACCCAAACCGAACAUCGAGACCGCGUUUCCCUUCACAUUUCCGAUGCGCAUGGUCAGCUAGCUGCAUGGUGCUUUAGAAGUCUUAGGUCACCGGCUCAUGGGCUAAAAUUCAACAUUUGCAAGAUUGCAUCCUCCUUCGACCUAAACAGGCAAAUCCCGGAUCUCAAAACCAGAGUAUCGAAGUUCAUUCAAGCUAGACUUCGGUAUGCAAGCUCACAUUGGUCGUUUCACUUGGCACAAACAGACGGAAUCUGGCGCAAGAACCUCGAAAACGAUCUUCGGCAUACAAUUAGUAGUCCAAACGUGCUUUACUGGAUAGAGAUUCUCAGCAUCACUGAGAGGGUUCCACGUGCGAUUGCUGGACUUCGGGCUGUUACGCGCCAGAAAGGAUUUGAUGAAGAGACUAUGAACCGCAUUAUCGACGCAAACAGAUUCAUGAUGGCAUUUUCCGCGCCGAUCCAGGAUAGUGCGCCGCACAUCUACGUCUCCGCUCUCGCAUUUGCUCCUAUGAAAUCACCACUACGCCUCGAUGCAUCGAAAGAGCAUAGGAACAUCCUAAAAGUCACACAAGGGCUCGAAGAGAAGUAUCAUGAUCUCCCACAAGCCUUACGAGGCCACACGAGCUCAGUCAGGGGUGUGGCUUUCUCACCGGAUGGCUCUCGAAUUAUUUCGGGCUCAUCUGACAGCACCAUUCGUGUUUGGGAUGCAGAAACUGGUCAGACACUUGGAGAGCCACUCCGGGGGCACAAUAAGAGCUCGGUCAAUGCGGUUGCGUUCUCACCAGAUGGCUCGCGGUUCGUUUCUGGUUCCUGGGAUAACACACUUCGGCUGUGGGAUGCAGAAACUGCCAAGCCACUGGGGGAGCCACUUGAAGGUCACGAGGUUCAGCUGUGGGACGCAAACACCGGUCAGCCUUUGGGAGAACCGCUUCGGGGUCAUAAGGGUUGGGUUAACGCUGUAGCAUUCUCCGAAGAUGGCUCUCGAAUUGUUUCUGGCUCGUCAGACCAGACAAUUCAACUUUGGGAUGUAGAAACAGGCCAGCCUUUGGGACUCCCACUCACUGGUCACAAUAGUCCAGUCAACACGGUCGUAUUCUCGCCCGACGGCUCGCGAAUCGUUUCCGGCGCAUUGGACGGAACGAUUAGGUUGUGGGAUGGGAAGGAUGUUCAGCCGUUGGGGGAGUUACUCAGAGGACAUACGAGCUCAGUCAAUGCUAUUGCGUUCUCUCCAGACGGCUCGACUUUCAUCACAGGCUCCUGGGACAGGACCAUUCGACUUUGGAACGCGGCAACCGGUCAGCCGGUAGGGGAGCCACUUACAGGCCAUACGCAUUGGGUGAACGCCCUGGCAUUUUCUCCAGACGGCUCGCGGAUUAUAUCCGGCUCUUCCGAUAAAACAAUUCGAAUUUGGGACGCGAAAACUGGCCUGCCAUUAGGAGAGCCACAUCCAGGACACGCAAGCGCAGUCAACGCUGUCUCAUUCUCACCAGAUGGCUUGGUGAUUGCGUCCAGCUCAUCCGAUAACACAGUUAGGCUGUGGGCUGCCGAUACCGGUCAGCCGUUGACUGAGCCACUUCGAGGUCAUACGGAAGAGGUCAACGCCGUUACAUUUUCUCCAGACGGCUUUAUGCUUGCUUCAGCCUCGUCUGAUCGGAUGAUCCGCCUCUGGGAUACCAAAAACGGCCGUCAGUGUGGGCACCCACUCCGAGGUCAUACAGAAUGGGUCAAUGCCAUCGAUUUUUCGCCAGACGGUUCACGUAUCGUAUCUGGUUCUUCCGAUCGUACACUUCGUCUUUGGGAUGUGGAAACCGGCCAGCAGGUGGGGGAGCCACUCAGAGGUCAUACGAACGGGGUAAAAGCCGUCGCAUUCUCUUCAAACGGUUCGUUGAUCGCUUCCGGUUCAGAAGAUCAUACAGUUCGACUUUGGGAUGCCGAGACUGGACAAACAAUAGGAGAGCCACUUCGAGGUCACACGAGCUCCAUCAACGCCAUCGCUUUCUCACGAGAUGGCUCACGAAUCGUGACUGGAUCGUCCGACAGGACCCUUCGUCUGUGGAAUGCGGCAACUGGUGAUCAGAUGGGCGAGCCGCUCCAAGGUCAUACGGCCCCAGUUCAGGCUGUUUCCUUCUCUCCUGACGGCUCGCGAAUAGUAUCCGGCUCAGAGGACAAUACCAUUCGAGUGUGGGAUACAGAAACAUACUGCCUGCUUGAGAAGCCCAUCCAAGGUCAUGAAAACCGGGUUAAUUCCCUCGCGUUCUCGCCGGAUGGCCUACAAAUUGUUUCUGGCUCAGAAGAUACCACGAUUCGUCUCUUUGAUCUUAGCUUUGAAAGCAGCGGAAUGAUAGAGCCCCUGGUGCGAGAUACCAUCGAAAAACAGGAGGAUACUCCUCUUACGAGGCCAUAUUCCUGGAUUCGAAAAGUGCUAUCUCACGCCCGAUGGUUGGGUGAAAUCUUCCAAUGA